UUGGGUGGGCUGGGGGCAGCCCCAGGGCCGGUGGCAGUGUGUGCAAGGGCCCUUUGUGACACGGUGCAGCAUGGUCACCAUGGCAUGGAACAGGACAGGGUGUCAAAGGACCCUUUGUGACGUGUGGUGAUAUAAGAGCCGGCGGUGACACGGCCACGGCACAGUGCUCGGAGCACGCGACGGGACAGGACGGGACAGAGCGGUGCCGUGAGGAGCCCCCGCACAGCGCACUCCUUCCUGCCUGACCCGGAGCUUUUCUCAGAGUUACUCCUGCAGGUGACCUUGAGGCUCGACCUCAGGACUUGGUUACCUGUGGCCUUCUUGAGGUUUCUAUUUUGCAGGUGCCCUUGAGGGGAGUCCGUGGGACUUUGUGCCCUGCAGCUUUUUGAGGCAUCUUCCACCCCUGCAGCAGGUGCCCUCGAGACCAGACUGAGGGAUUUGCUGACCACAGUCCUUGACAAGGAGUCUCCUGUCCUUGUGGCAGGAGUCCUCCAGACCAGACAACAGGACCUGCUGUCCUGUAGUCCUCCCAGGACAUUAGUCUUGCAGGAGCCUUCCAGGUUCGACUGCAGGACUUGCUGACUUGGAGCUUUUCUGAGCUAUCUCUCCUCAUAGUAGCCAUCAGUCCAGUCACUGACAUGGAGCAGAGACCCCCGAGAGUGCCCAAGGUGGCCUGGCUGAUAGAGGAGGAAGAAAGCCCAGGAGAUUCAUCAUCAGAGGAACUUGAAGAGGUGGUGCCAUUCCAGCCAGUGCAGAAGGGAUGGAAGAAGGAUGAAAAAGACAUAGAGCAGAGACCCUCAAGAGUCCCCAAGCUGGCCUGGGGCAAUGAAAAGGAAGAAAGCCCAGGAGCUGCCUCAGCACAGGAGACUGAACACCUUGUGCCGUUCCAGCCACUGCAGCAGGGUGCAGCCAUGGACCGCACACAAGAGCAGGACCCCACCCGUGGCCGCUUCCGCAGAACAGCGCAGCUGAUUUGCAAAUUGCUCAAGAGCAUUAGGCGAGAAGGGGCCAGCACUGGGGUCAUAGCAUACUCAGACAUCUUCAAGCAGAAGAUCACCGUCUCCCUGCUAGAUAUGCUUGUGAAGAACGGUGUUUCUAGUCCAGAUCAGGUGCCUGCCAUGGUGAGGUUCAUCCACCAGUGGCUCAUGGCCAAUGAGUCUACUGAGCACAGGGUGGAGAGGAUCCUGCUGGAUAUCACCAAGGCACAGCCCACUGAUGUGGUGAUGACUCUCCUGCGUGUGGCCCCAUGGUGUGACAGAGCUGCUAUGACUAUGUGGACAACGAUCAUGUCCUCACUCAAGAUUGCAGAAGAGGUGCAGCAGAUACUCCUGGAUGUGCUGGGGAGCUGGCCAGAGCACAGCACAUGCACCUCCGAUGGGGACACAACGAGAGUCUUAUCCCUGGCUGCAACUGUGGUGAUAUGGAAGAUCCUCCAGGUGUCCUGUGUCCCACAUGUACUGAUAUUGUUUUUCCCCCGCCUAUUUGUGCAUCUGCUCUUCCAAGCGUACUUCAGCACUCUGGAUACACCAGAGGAGGUGGAUAAAUUCUGGAAGAGAUGCCAGGAACAACACAGCCUCACUGCCACCCCCAACAGGUUUGCAGUGCAGACCCUGAAGUCCCUGCUCUGCCUUCUCCAGUGUGAGCAUGUGGUGAUAUCAAUGGAACGCAAGUGUGGCUGGGACACGCUGCUGUGUGCUGACACCCACCACUAUGCCGUGGGUCUGCUGGCCAGGGAGUUGCGUAGUGCAUCCAUGCACUUGUGUAAAAGCAUCUUAUGCUGCCUCCUUGAGAUGCUCAGCAAAGAGAUGCCAUACUGGGAUUUCCCUGCCCUGGCAUUCCUUGUGGAGGUCCUGGAGUACUUGGACUUGAGUGAAUGCAGUGACAACAUAAUGGAUGUCUUGUCAAGGCACCUGAACAGCGAGCACGCAGAGAUUCGUCGCCAGGUUCUCAGGGCCCUCCUUCUGCUUAGGGAUGAUCCCUCGCUGACCAAAAGAAUGUGGAACCUGACUGAAGGCCUUGUGGAGCUCCUGCAGGACGAUGAUAGUGACGUGGUCAGAAUGACCAUCAUUCUCAUCAGCUAUUUGUUCCUGGAUAAUGGCACCUCAAUACCCAGCCCCAUUGCCCUGCAGCUGGCUGAGGUGCUCCUGCCACUCUUUGGCAACGAUGAUAGUCAGGUGCAGCUGCUCUCCAUGUUUGUCUUUCGAACGUUGAUGAAUUUUGUAGGAGAAGAAGGAAAAAAGGCUCUGAAGACAUACAUGCGGCAGAGCCUGCUACCACUCUUCUUCCACUGCCAUGAUGAGAAUUCACAUGUGGCAGAGGCCGCUCGGACAGCGCUGCUUUCUGUGGCCAAGUUCCUGAAGAGGCAAGAUCUUGAAAAUCAUGUGAAGAAGGACAAGCUCUGGAAGUUUGCAGACUGCCUGCUGGCAGAGGACGAGGAACGAAUCGCCAAUUACCUGCGCCAGGCCCUGCGGUACCUGCGGAGCCCACAGGAGCCCCUGCGAGAGGCGGCCGUCAGGUUUAUCGGGAUGGCCGGGCGGAGCUUGAGGGGGCACCGGGAGGACCUCCAGGUGCUCUGCAGAGCCAUUGAACACCUGACAGAAGACAUAAGCUGUGCUGUGUCAGACCUGGCACUUCAAACAUUGUGUGUCCUCCGGGCACUACAGAGUGGGCGAUAUUCCAUCUUCCAGAGGCUGCAAGACCAAUUCCACAGGGCAUGGAGGAUACGGCAUCGUCUGUCGGGCCUCAGCUGGCUUCGCUGCUGGAGAUCUGCGGAGAGCUGAUCUGGAAGGCUCUGUCUGCUGAGGCCACCUGAGCUAGGAGGGGUUUUCUUUUUCUUCACGAGUGUUAUUUUCUUCUUUUUGUUUUACUUUAGUAUGGAAAUAAGGAUGUGUUAUUGAAACAGGGGAUUUAAGGGUUAAAUAGAAUGAAGAGUAGAACAUAUGGUAUCAGUUAAUGUGUGCUUAUAAGGAAAGGAAUGCACAAUAAGAGACCCCUGAUGUAUAGAUUUUGCUGAGCUUGCAGAAGGAAAGUGGUCCCUCAUCGUAAAAGUGCAAAGUCUGCAAAAUAUCGCGACCAAGAGACUAAAAGCGCAUGCGUGGAAAGACAAGGUGAAGAGUUCAACUAGUGAGGAAGACUUUUACUUCAUCGUUUUCUGCCCACAGACUCAUUUGAAGACCACCAACUCAAUAAACUACGCAGCCGCAAUGAAUAUGCAGCUAAUUUCCAUACGAAGCGGGGAAACAGGCGGGGCAGAUAAUCAAUAUGUAUAGGUGAUUUAGAAUAUGCAUAAACUUCCUAGAUAAAUAGAAGGUUAGAAGCAUGUAAGGUACGCAGGAUUUGGGAAGAUGCUCUCCCCCUGCAUCCAGCGCUGAAUAAAAUACGUACCUACUCCACAACUU